AUGCGGCUUCCUUCACUGAACUUUAGUCGAAAACUCGCCACUGCAGCUACCAAGAAACAACCGUUCAAGGUCGUUGAAGUAGGAGCUCGUGAUGGAUUGCAAAAUGAGAAGCAAAUAAUUACGGCCGAGGACAAAGUCGCCCUUAUCAACAGGUUGAGCGAAUGUGGCCUUAAAAGUAUUGAAGCCACUAGCUUCGUAUCGCCAAAAUGGGUUCCUCAAAUGGCCGAUCAUCAGGAAGUA